UGCAGUUCUGCACACUUGAGACAAACAUAGCGAAGAUUCAAGGCAUUGAAGAUUUGAAGCCAGCCUUUCAAAAUAAUUGAUCGUGGUUCAACGAUGACAACUGAAGUUACGAUUCUACUUCAACUUUUCCUAACCUUUUGGUUAAGCGUUAACAAUUCGUUACAGUUCAGCGAUCGUAUGUUUACUGUAGAUCGAGAAUAUAGAGAUUUCUUCCCUAAUCCAGAUUGUGACAGCACAAUUUGUCCGAAUAUUUGUCACCGCUACGAUGCUAAUUGUGAUGAAACGAACGAAGACACAACAUAUCCCUGCCCGAAUUGUUAUUGUAGAGAAAAGAAAAGGAACUUUGUUGGGAAGGUCAACGAUGGAGGCCGUUGUGUCAGUGAUCUGGACUUGGUUAAAGAUUCAAGUAAAUAUUUGGCUAAAUUGCAGAAAUACCUGUCCAAUAGUUACCUUUCACUACGUAGCCACAUUUCCAGAGGCUUUAAGGGCUAAUUUUCGCUGUCACGCCUCAAUAAAACGCCAGCUACGCGGCUACUGAAUCACACGCUGUAGGCCCAGCGCUGAUCACUGAAGAAAGCAAAACGGAAAUGCCUUCCUUUUGGUAAUUUUACACCAAAUUAUACUACCACUGUGUAUCAACGUAGCCAGCAAGAAUAUAGCUACCUUACAACCCACGUCAUUAUUUCAAAGAUCGUUCUUUCAGAAACUCACUGCGUAGCCCGGGCGGUUAAAAGUAUAGCUGCCUUGUAAGCAACAUGUAUGUACGCCUGUAUCCUAAAAGCACAAUCACACUCAAAGAGUGAAGGUUCAAUCUGAGCUUCCCUUAAAUAGUCACAUAGUAAGGUACGACACAAACCAUCCAGCUAUUCAAAAACAGCCUCGACACUCGAGGGAAGUUCAGAUUAAACGUCCAAUCUUUGAGUGUGAGUGAGCUUUUAGAAUACAGGCGUUAGGGUCAAAAUAGAACAUACCAAAAGGCGGCAAAGGCUCGUCAAUGGAACUUUCAUUGCGUACCCACGUAGCUAGCAAUACCGCGUAGCCAGAAAUAUUAUAAACAUGCCUUCAACUAUGGGCGGGUAUUCUGCAAUCGCUCACUCCCCGAUUUUUGCUAGAUAGGAUGAUCAAGUCCGUCACUUCACAAUUUAUGUAAACUGUGUUCAAGUACAUCGUUAGUCUGAUUGUGAUCUGACGGAUCAUAGUCGGUCUUAGUGUAAACACACACAAGAGCAUUAACUAUCAUGAAAAGUAAACACUAAAAUUACUAAUGGCCUAUGGCGGCCAAUGUGGAAUUUCAUAAUUUAGCCAUUAGUGUCAUGAAGUACAGUUAAUAGGUAGCCUGAAAACAGACCUACGUUUCGCCCACCCUAAAAUUCGCGGGUCGACGGAAAGGGCGAAACUUUCAGGCUACCAUUAAGGCCAUGUUACACGAGGCAAUUUUUGCUGCAACUUGUAAGCAACGGCGUUGCGUUGCAAGUUGCAAUUUGUACCAAAAAUUGCACAUGUGACAUCCCCACUUUGCAACUUGUCUCGCAUCGAAAAAGGCAAGUUGCAAUAGAUGUCGAACUUCAGUCUACUUUUUGCAACGUGUAACGUGGUUUUUGCAACUUGACACGCAAUUUUUAAGAAAAUUUAACCCGCAACCUAUCAGGCAUCUAGAAUGCACUUGGCAGGACUUUGUUUUCAUGUUGAAAACGAAGAUCCAGUUUUAGACAAAGUUUCAGCGUCUGCGCUGACUAUUGAAUCGGUUGAAAAAACAAAUCAACAAACUUACUGAUGAGGAGAAAGUAAACCUUCUUGAUGAACUGCACCCUGCUGCGUGUUCAAAAAACAGCCCUGCUGCAUGUGUGGAAAAGUGAAGCGACUACCAAUCGUGAAGUGCACUUUGCACUUCCAUGACAAGAGAAAUAAAACAAGUCGAAGAACAGCCGAAUACAUUUCCAACUGCAUGCGUUGUUAAAUUGCGAACGUUUGAAAAUUAUUAUUAUUAUCUAAAAUUAUUUGAAAACGGUAGCCCUUCAUUUUCAAGGGCCGUUUAUGCAUACAUAUAUACAUUGUUCAGAAAUACAAACACUUACAAUCACUUUACAACAAUUUUAACAAAAGAGAAUUAGGUUAAUUAAGUUGUCGAUGUAUCAUCGAUCCUCGGUGCAUGCAGUUUGCAAUGUAUUGCUUUCGUCAUCAUUUCAUUGCAAGAUGCAGGAAUAUUUACCAGUAUUAAUAUUUACUAUUAGUAUUUUUGCACAAGAGAACAUAACAAAUCCUACAAGUUGAUUGGUCAAAUUUGACGUAUUAAGUUGUUUAAAUAUUCACCUACAGGUGAAUAUAACAAAACCGAAAUUUACAAAAUGGCGGCUAGCCGUUUUGUAGAAGUUACCGAAAAAGAAAUAAGCGAAAUUAAAAUGAAUUCAGUCCCAAAAAACACAAAGGACUUGUGUAAAAAUAUUAAAACAGUUAUUCGCCUCAGGCUCGGUGCAUGAUUAUCGGGGAAUAUCCACCUCGACUUCGUCUCGGCGAAUAUUCCCCGAUAAUCACCUCGCCUUCGGCGAAUAAUUGUUAAAUAUUGACCAUUAUGCACUUUAUUACUUAUACAGACUAUUUUUUUUCCAGUGCCAAAAGAAGACGUACUCAUAAGCAGCAGCAGCAGCAGCAGCAGCAGCAGUCACUACAUGUUCGUUGAUUCGGACCUAGUUCUCACACAAACUUGGGAAUCCUCAAAAGGAUAUUUAUGGAAUUACACACCGGACCAUCAUUUCAUGAACAUGAACAGACUAAUCUGUCUCGCAGUUGGGCCAGAAAACAAAGCUAUGGUCUUUCCCUGUAAGUUAAGUGAUACGAAACAACAGUGGUAUUUGGAUACUAAAGGUUUUUUGUUUAAUAACGAGACGGGAGCACCGAUGUAUAUUCACAACGACUUGAGCGUAACACAUUCCAAGGGCAAGGAUUCUGAUAAUUUUCGAUUCAAAAAAGGACGUCCAAGACAAGUCGAGUAUAAAGGUGAGUUGCGGCGUUCAUACAAAUACCAAAAAGUAUGCGAUUUCUAACAUGGCAUGGACAACAGUAGAACACGUGCUCAUAUAUCUGUGGGACUCGCACAAAUAAUAUAUUUAGCUACAGUCAAUGAUAUUGUGCAGUAUUUAAAAAAAAAGUUAAACACAAAAAAAACCGACUUGAUACUGCACAUGCAUCACAGAAAAACGACCUGCAUCUAUGAAAUCCGAUUACUAAUUAAUUCCAAAUCAGGUUAUGCUUUGUAUAGGCAAAGUAGAUUUGUUUUGGACUGAAUGGAUGAUUCCAGCUACAGACGAAAUUUUGAUCUGGAUAAGAAGAACGAAAUCCAUCACCAUAGCUGGAAAGAGCAUCGUUAAAUGAGUAAAAUUGCAAAGUUUGGUUGGGAAUUGUUGUAAAAUGAGGAAAAUACAGCCCUGUGAAAUUCUCAAAUUUUUUAUAUAUUUGCAUUACCCGCGGGAAAAAUAACCCGCAUUUUUGAGCCGAAAGUGGUUAUUUUUACCGCGCGUAACACAAAUACAGGUACUGUAUAUACAAAAUUUGCGAACUUCACAGGGCUAUAUUUUCUUCAUUUUACAACAUUUAGCAACCAAUCAAGACGCUCUUUCUAUAAUGUUCAGUAAUUGGAUUGCGUUCUUCUUGCCUUGAUCAAAAUUUAGUCUAUAGCUGGAAUUAAUCACCCAUGUGGAAUUAAUUACACGUGUCUUUUAAAACAGUGAGCUGAAUACAAUUACAAUUUAACUUUCAUUAUAUGAUAAAAUAAUUAUAGAUAUCAGUUAAUUAUAUGAACUGCACAUUACAAAUAUACAUGAUUAUUAAUCCGGUCAUUAUACAUGCAAGGAAAAACAAUUAUUCGCUCAUUUCUAUAAGUCAGAUUGUAUCUAGUUUGGUAUCAUUCUUGCAACAGAUCGUAAUAAUCCUAAUAUUGCCAUUAUUAUACUCGCACCAAAAAUUAUGCUUGAGGUUAGUGACACUUUUUUAUCAGGUUGCUAUCGCUUCAACGAUGGGAGUUUCAAGAGAGACCUAGAUUGCAAGAACGUCGAGAAAUGUUUAACAACCACCAAAAUUUUGGCACCAAUUUAUGAAGAAAAUGCAAAAUGUUUUAUCAACUGGAAAACAUCAAGUUACUUGGUAGACAAUAAGCCUUGGCAAUAUGUACCAAAACCUGACAACGAUAUCACCAUUUCUCCUGCAGAGAAUUCCAGAGGAAUUUACAUAAAGGUCAGUUUUUUAUCAUUUCUGUAGUAGGAGCUAUACAGGACUGAGAAAAGGGCCCCGUUUUCUGGAAUGAUUAUAUGGUUCCCUCGUUUUCUGGAAAGUGCCCUUUUCCAAUGAUAUAGCAAAAAUCCAUGUAUACUUAUAACUUUCAGAUUAGGUUUCACAGGGAAGCAUGACAGACAGUCUCUGAACCGUCACUGUGCUAAAGCCUUAGGAUGUUGGCCAAGUAUUCUUGUAUAUCAAGUAUUCUUGCUUCAAUAGUAUCAUGUGGAAUAUCAAAGGAAAUAAUAUAUGAAUAUGCAGCAUUCUAAUUCAACUCGUAUCGUAAAUGAAUAUUACUUAAUUUAUGCAAUCGUAUACAACAAUUGUGAAUUCUUGUUGUUUUAACCAAGUAGACUGCAUCAACUACUAUAUUUUAUUCCUGAUAAUGAGAAAGGAUUGUCCAGAGGGUUCGGUAUUGCGUUGUUCUUUGCAACUGCAUGGCCAUCGGUCAGCCAGAACCUCUUAAUAUCUGUAAAUCCCGCUGACAGGUACUGUUCAGGGGCUGCGAUGGGGUGCGUACCACACCUACUGUAAUAGUGUCUAGCACCGCCUUGGAGAAGUCCAGCACCACCCUAAAAAAUCCUGUUUGACCAUACAUUUUCUGCUUUUCGAAUAGCGAUUAGCAGAAGAAUGGAGAAUUAGUGGAACCAGAAAUAGUAUCUCCAACCCACGCCUUGUCGCCCCAGCCCCCCUUUUUGAGAGCCCAUUUGUUAACGUUCAAGGACUAUCGCACGGAUAAUAACGAAUGUACAGUAUAUAUAGGAAACUAUUUGAUUUCUUAACUACUUCCAUUUGCGCUUAGAUUCCUAUCACAUCUUACAGAAACUGGACUGGUACAGUUCUCAAACUUCAAGUAAAAUGCUCGUCUAAAACGACAAGUGAAGAACACUGCGUCUUGAUAAAGUUUCUCGGUUCGUUUGAGGUAAACAUCCAACUAUGUUCUCUUUUAGCUUAUAUUAACUAUAAUCUAGCUUAUUACUGGAUAGCUCUAUCAGUUCUAAACUGUUCUCCCCGGGGUCUAUCGAUGUCCAGUGUUACUACAGAGGAAAACCUAACCUAUAAGCUAACUUCAUGCUGGAUAGCUUUAUUGAAUUUUAAAGUGUUCUCCUUAGAGGUCCAACAAGGGACAUCCUUUCAACGUUCGAUGUCACUAUUUACAAGAGGGGACCAGCCGUGUUCCCAACAAGGGUGGGUUGACUACAAAAUUUUUGUAGCUACUUCAAAAAUAUGUAGCGAACUAUUUCGCUAUUUCGCUACGCUAUACUUUAUAGCUUUACUGUAUUUGGAGCAUCUACUAACUCAGGCUGAAAUGUAACCUAUAACAAAUCGACUUACGAGUAGCAAAAGUAAACACAAAGCAACAUUUUUGUAAACACUACAGUGUUCAAGAGUGCAAUUGACCAUUGAGGAUUGAUUUUAAGUAAAUCGUGUCUCAAUAUCACGCUAUUCUAUCAAGUUGCUAACAAUUUUAAAAAGUAGUGAAUAGCGAUUUUCUGUUUGAAAAGUAGUCAUCUACUUGGCUACUUUUAGGCAAAAUGUAGUUCGCUAUAACUACAGCUACUGUUUUAAUACAGUAGUCAAAAACUACUGGCUACUUGAAAAUUGUAGUUCGCUACAGUAGCGAACUACAACUACUAAUUCGCUACCACCCACCCUUGGUUCCCAAAGCAAAUCUGCGUAGGUGCAUGUGGCGUGCAUGCAUGCACACUGCACAGGCUCCUUAAUCAGCGCAGCAUCGUUUUAAGAAAAUGAAAUAAUAUUUACCUUAUUAUAGCGUUACACUCCAUCUUCCAAUCCAAUUAUCAAUCCACGGCCAGACUCAAAUGAUACGAAGAAAUCAAAGCAUUCCUAUCCCUAUAAAAUCAGCACAAUCGUGUUAUCAGUAUUGAUAUUCAUUAUUCUGGUCAGUAUUGUGGUAUACUUCGCUAUACAAAGUCAUAUGUGUAAGAAAUUGACAAGACAGCGUCAUCAUCAGAAUGCAAGUGCUGAAAUACCAUUCUGCGCGGAAACGGACGGGGAACCAGAAAUGUAGAUGUUCUUCUUUCAAAAAUAACUGGGUGUUUGUAUAGUUCGUUAAUGAAAAUACUUUGGUUUGGAAACCUGGAAACGUUCAGUAAUCUAACUUGGGGGAGAGGAGCGUAAUAAGAUGCAAAAGCGUACAAAUUUACAGUAUUAUUGGAAUUGCACUUUCACUUUCCAGGACUCCAUUUAAAGUCAAUGGUUGAAUUGGACGAUCCUGAUUAAAUAUUCGGUUAUAAUAAUUUAGCAUGAUAGCGCUAUAACCUUGGGUUAAAUACACAGCGCUAUUUUGCUUUGCGCAUUUCCGCACGUCGUUUAUUUUAAAAAUUUGGAAAAUAAAACUUUUAUUGAUCAAGACAAGAUUUCUGCAAACAUAUUUGCCCGUAAGCCGUAAGCAUGCAAGCUGACAGGAAAUUCGCAUUGAAGUUAAGUUUAGUGCUAACCUAGGGUU